CCCCCUCCCGGCCGCCCCGGCGGCAGCAUGGAGCGGUCCGAGGCCUACGGCUUCUCGGCGGUCUUGAGCGGCGCGUUCCUGCUGUCGUGCCUGGUCUUCGCGGCCGUCAACCGCGGGCAGCGCGGGCCCUACAUGGACGAGGCGUUCCACGUCCCUCAGGCACAGGCUUACUGCCAGGGCCGCUUCUUGCAGUGGGACCCUAUGAUUACUACACUGCCAGGCUUGUACCUGGUGUCGGUGGGAAUAGUGAAGCCCGUGGCGUGGCUCUGUGGAUGGACGGGAAGCGUGGUGUGCUCUACAGGGAUGCUCAGGUUUAUUAACCUCCUUUUCAGUGCUGGGAACUUCUAUUUAUUGUAUUUACUUCUGUCCAAGAUCCAUCAGAAGAAUAAGGCUGUGUCUGGUUUCCAGAGAAUCUUGUCUACAUUAACACUUGCAAUGUUUCCCACCCUUUACUUUUUUACAUUCCUUUAUUAUACGGAUCCAGGAUCAGUAUUUUUUACUCUUUUUGCCUAUUUAAUGUGCCUUUAUGGUAACCAUAAAACUUCAGCUCUCCUUGGAUUUUGUGGCUUCAUGUUUCGUCAGACGAAUAUUGUGUGGACAGUUUUUUGUGCUGGAAAUGUUGUUGCAGAGAAGCUAAAUGAAGCCUGGAAGACAGAGUUACAGAAAAAGAAAGAUGAAAAGAUUUCUUCCAGGAAAGAAUCAUUUUCAGAUUUGAUGAGAAUAUUGCAGUUUCUUAUCAAAUAUCUCACAUCACCUAAAAACUUAGUUACACUUACUGCUUUAACUUGGCCAUACAUCGUAUUAGUCACUGGGUUCUUUGUCUUUGUCUUCAUCAAUGGUGGAAUAGUUGUUGGUGACAGAAGUAGCCAUGAAGCCUGUUUGCACUUUCCUCAGCUGUUCUAUUUUCUGUCCUUUACUGUCUUUUUUUCAUUCUCUCAUUUAUUGACCCCUUCUAAAAUCAGGAAAUUCCUUCUGUCAUUACGAAAGCACCCUAUGCAGUACAGCUUAAUCACUGCCAUCUCUUUAUUCCUGAUCUGGAAAUUUACCUAUGUUCAUAAGUAUUUACUAGCAGAUAACAGACAUUAUACAUUUUAUGUCUGGAGAAAAGUCUUCCAAAGACACGAGCUGGUAAAAUAUGUAUUGGUUCCAGUCUAUAUAUUUUCUUGCUGGAGUUUUGUUGAUACACUAAAAUCAAAAUCUAUAUUCUGGAUCUUAAUGUAUUUUGUAUGUUUAUUAGCAGUCACAGUUCCUCAAAAAUUGCUGGAAUUUCGUUACUUUAUUUUGCCAUUCUUAAUAUACAGACUCAAUAUUCCAUUUCCAUCUCUAUAUAGACAACUGCUGGAGUUGGCUUUUUAUAUUGCUGUGAAUGCCAUAACUUUAUAUAUUUUUCUAAACAAAACAUUCCAAUGGCCAAAUAGUGAUGAAAUUCAGAGGUUUAUGUGGUGAUUUUUUUUUGUUUGUUUGUUUUUUUAAUAGCUUCAUGCUGUUAGGAAAACCCAGUUCUGUUUCAGGUCUGUGGACUCUGAAAUGAAGUAAUAUGUUUUUCAUUAUGUAAAGACUUCUUUCCCCAGUUGGAAUUGGGGAAGUAAGGUAUUUGCUUAUACUCUUGCAGCUGAAUGUGAGAUCUGAUAUGUUGUAAUGUGAAGGUAUUCCAUAUAUUGAAUUUAUGAGCUCCUGGAAUUAAAAAAUUCAAUAUGAAGGGGAAUUUGAGCACACCUUUCUGUAAUUUAUGUGAAAUAAGAGAGAUGUUUAUGGUGAUUUUUCAUUAUAAUAGAAUACUAUAUAACGUUUUCUUGAGGAUAUGACAGUUUGUAUGUUUCAGAGGUUUCUCUUUAAAACAAAGUAUAUCAAUGUUUAACAUUUUUGUUACCUCUGGGUGCAUAUUUACUGCUUGGAUCAGGCCAUUUCCAUCUGGGUUUGCUGGCAGCCAAGGUAUGAACCACUACUAAAGUAUAAUGUUUUCAAAACCUCCUACAUGCCACUGAAUUGUCAUGAUUUUUUUUUGUCGACAAAUGCUUACAUGAGUUUUGCAAACAGAAUGUAGGCUCUUAAAUCAUUAAAGCAUUUUGAAAAUUUUAUUUCAAACUGAUAUUUAGAAAACACAGUGGAGGCUGUGUGCAUGUACCCUCUUCGGGGGAAUAAAUGUUAUUGUACAACAAAAGAUAAAUUGCAGUUGAUAAUGUGACCUAUUAGGAGGGAAGUAAUUUAUAUAUGUCAGAAUGAAGUACGUCGUUACACAGUGGAAUGCAGUCUAAUGAAUGCCCUUUUAAAUAAUCAAGCUUUUAUGUCCUGAGGUUCUGUGUUCACAGGUUUGUACUGAUGUAGGAUAUGAGUGCACUCCCCAGUUGAACUGAGCGUUUCUAAGAUCUUUGACAUGUAAUCUUAAAGAAAUACUAAUGGCAUUACUGCAUUGUUCUUUUAAAUGUUUUUCAUGUAUAUACAGAUCUAAUGGAACUAGGGAAUAUAUAUUUUGUAUUACAGAGGUAAAAUACAGUGCGUGUAUGUAUAUAUUUUUAAAAGCAUCUAGUAUAUUAUCUUGAGAAUAAAAGAAGGCUGUAAUGGUUCCUGGCAGUAAAUGACUUUAAUUAGGCUCAAAAAUAUUUGAUUGCUUAAAGUUAACUAUUAAGCCGUUUUAUAAAUAUGACUAAACCAUGUGGCAGGGGAGGGGAUCCAAAACUUCACAUGCUGUGCAGCAUUUUUAAAUUCUUUCUUGUUCUGUAAUGAAAAGACUGCUGACAAAUGCAUGCAAACAUAUCAUACUAUUGCCAUGCCAGUCACUCUGAAAUGGAAUUAUUUCUCAAAAGGUCAGUACUGUGGAGUUAUUUACUCAAAUUAGUACUGUCAUGUUUUUUUUUCUUUUCUUUAUGCAGAUCAAUGUCCCAGCUCUGAUUCCUUCCUGUACUAACACUAUGAAGAGUGUGGUUAACUCAGGUUCUCCUGUCCAAUGUCUUUGCAGCCUGCUUCUUCCAAGGAAACCUUAAAACCACUCUUCAAUGAGUAGGUUUAUUUGUAUUGAAUUUAAGAUGUUUGCUUCUUGGUCACUGUUUGCUUCUUGGCCUGUAGCCAGAUUGUUAAUUUGUUGAUAAUGUGUGUACCAUAGGGAGAGCCAUUUUUGAUCACUCUCUAUUUGAUUCAUCAAGUUGAAGGGACAAGAGAAACCUGAAAUGGGAUACUUCUGGAGGACCCAGCGUAGUUCUUGAGGGGUCCAGAAUAUUGUCUUGUGUUGUAAUUUCAGUAUGACAGUUUUGGGAGGGGAAGUCUUGCAUGCCUUCUGCUUCCAAUUUGGUUUUUGUAUGCCAUGCCAGGAAAAAUGUAAGCAAGGUAGAGAGCAUGUGCAUUUUUCAGUACAACUUCAUUUGUGUCCUGGAAUAUUAGUACUGAGCGAAUUGGAAUGAUAAAAUGGGAAGGGAUGGGCAUCUGCUUAGAACUGUGAAUUAUCUUCUAGAUCUGUUUUCUUUUUUGGCUUUAUGAAGGGGAGCAGAUGUUCAUACACUUCAUAAGAUUUAAAAAUUCCUGUGCUUACACAGUCCACAGGUGUUGUGUUUUGUCCAGCAUGUCUUUUGAUACUGGUGUCUGAAUGCCUUCAAUUAUUAACAGUGUUAUGAGACAGUAUUUAUGCUUUCUCCUUAUUCUUAACAGAGAUAACAGCCAUGUUUCAAGUGGAAAGAAUCGAGUUUAAAUAUGUAAAACUUUAAUGCAUUUAUUUUGUAAAGAAAAGCAAAUACAAAAAGCUCCCAGAUUUAGAGCACAGUGCCUUUCUGAUGAACUCCGCAUCACAAGGUGCUAGAACAAUUACAUGUAGAGAGAUGUUUGUGAACUGUUGGGGUUUUUUUAAAUCAAUAUUAUGCUGUAAUAGUUUAUCGUGGGAUUUAUGUAUUUUGAUUUAGGAGUACAAUUAUUCUCAACAUAUUAAUAAAGCUAAUUUAAAAGCAAGCUGAGUUGCUAUAAGCUUAAAUUAAAGUGGAAAGUCCAUGAAUUAAUGUCCUAAAACAUGAGAGGAGAAUUUAUUUUUAGAGUAAAGGUAUGUUUUCACUUUUGGUGAUGAACCACAGCGACUUUGCAGGAAAUAUUCAAUGUUAGCUUGAUUCAGUCUCAGAAAUCAAGAUAAUUGUAAUUAUAUCAUUAUUAGUCAUAAAGAAAGGGCUCCUAAUUCCAUCAACAUCUCUUAGAAACUUGAGAAAUAUCAGUAGCAGUGUUUAAAACUAGGUGUAAGAAUUAGUUAAACAUCCUUUAAAAUGAUGGAGCAAGUAUCAUAGAUAAUAGGAAGGAAUUCUUCACUAUAAGGGUGCUGAGGCGCUGGCACAGGUUGCCCAGAGAAGCUGUGGCUGCCCCAUCCCUGGCAGUGCUCAAGGCCAGGUUGGACACAGGGGCUUGGAGCAACCUGCUCUAGUGGAAGGUGUCCCUGCCGGGGGCAGGGGGUUGGAACUGGGUCAGCUUUAAGGUCCCUUCCAACCCAGUGUGAUUCUAUGAUCUUUUGGAAAAUGGAUUUUAAUACUUUGCUCUGGAAAUAUUUCCGUUGUGUUUGUUCAUAGUUUAUUCUUCUCAAAGGCUUGCAGAAAGGACUGUGUUUAUCCUGGGUUAGGUUGCCAAGGUCUUGUGGUUUCAGUGGAACCGUAAUUGCUUACUUUAGGUUAAUUCCUCAGCAGAUGUCAGGUGGCAAUGAAAUUACUUACAACAGCAUUAAAAUGAUAAUUUAUUGUAAAUUUUAUGAAUCAGCUAUCCAUUUAGAAAAAAAAUUGCACUAAUUUGUUGAAAUGUCCAAGAUGAAACCAAAAAUAGCAUAGCCAACCUUUUUAUAAUCACUGUUUAAAAAUAAAGGCUCAGGUUCAGUUUUUCUUGGACAGAAAGGUGGUAAUUUUUAAUAACUGUCAUAAUAAUAAAGAGCUGAAUAGCCACAGCAUGGCUGAAUUAUUUUGAGGUGGGAAAAAACCACCACAAAUAAUUGAACACAUUGGUUUUUUUUAUUUUAGUUAAAAAUCCGUUGUUAUUUGGGAAGAUAGGAAGUCUGCUUGAUAAUCCUGUAUGCUGUGAACUGUAUUUUCUGUUAUUCAUGAGCAUUCUGUGUUUCGUUCCUUUAAAGUUCUUUGGCAACAUGCGUUCGUGUUCAAGAUUAGGAUAAAUUUUACACAGAAGCAACAUGUACAUGCUGAAAUAUUUUUCUAUCAUCUGUUACUUUUCUUGUGAGUAGAUAAAUCAGAUGAAUUGUUUAGAAUAUUGUAGUAAAACAUAUUCUGUAGUCUCUGUGGACAGAGUUGCUAUUUGUCCUGUUAAUGCAGAUCUGACCGUUUUGUUUUCACAAGGUGGCAGUCUUGUGCCAUCUUGUCGAGGUGACCAACUGGUCAAUGCAAAGCUGCUUGAAAUCAUAACGUCAGGGGUGAUUUCAAGAGAUAGUCAGCAAGACUUUCUGAGAAAAUAGUUUUCUUUAAGUUUUCUUAGAAAUCUUCAAGUUCUCUCAUGGCUGAUUGCUUGGUUUAGUACCUGGUAUAGCUAAAAUAUCAUUGUAUUUAAUUUGAAAUAUACAUCAUACAUUAAGUUUUAGGAGAAGAGCAAGUUUUGCUCAUCUUUAAAGUUUCCUAUUUUGACUUUUUUGGUAUUUGUGGAAAUUUCAUGUCUGGUCUGAGCGAACAAAAUGAAACUUGAAAGCUUACCGUUGACGUGGCGUCACUGUUUAAACAGUGUAGUUGCUUAGAAAAUUAGCAGAUUUCCUUCUGCUGUUUGAUUAUUAAAUUUCACAGCAUUCUUAUUUUCUUCACAUACUCAUUCUAUUGAUUGCUGUCUAAAAAGAAAAAAAAUUGGAGGACAAAUUGAGGAAAGCAGAGUAAUUAUACUUCUGAGACAGACACAUGGUGAUUUUCUGAAAUAAUCUUUUUAGUUGGAUGUUGCACAUACAAAAUAUAAAUGCUCCGAUGUCUGUUGGCCCUAUAGUAGUUGACAUCCUGCAUUUUAAAUGUGUCAUCUAGUUUUUGUGAAAUGAAAAAGGGCAAAGCCAGAGUCUGUGAAAAUUACUGCUUCCAAUUAUCUCCAAUUCUUUGACUAUAUCACUGUCCUAUUUUUUCUUUCCCCUGAAAUACUUUGCUCUCCUUGCUUAUCUCAUGUUAGAUAGGAUGUUGGGUUUAUUUUUGACUCAGUGGAGUUUGUAUGUCAGCUGAGGCAUCUUUAUGGGAAAACAUCCUUCUUAAAAGAAUGCUUUAGAUGGAUGCAGAUAAUUGGUUUUACUAAGAAGCAUCAUUUUGCAAACAAAAAGAAUCUCUCCAUGAGAGAUUGCACCUAGCUAGUGGUGUGUAGCUAAAAUGCCCUUAAUUUGCAAGUUUUUGUGCUUAAUCUCAGAAUAUGCUCAGGACCUCAUGCUGUUCCUUCCAAUUCAAGGAUAGUUGGGAUAUGAGGUGCAGGAAGCAAGAGGAAAAAGAUUUGUACAGAUGGUUGCCAUUGCAGUGCUGCCGUAGCUAGGACUGCGCAACACUACCAGGAGCAGAAAUGAGUGGGGUGCUUUUGGGGGUUUUGGGGCACUGCUGUAUUUAGCAGUGCACUGUGACUUGCUAAAGUGUGUGGUGAUAUGGGACAGUUGUUUGACAUAUACGAGUGGUAAUGUCUUCUCCAGCUGAAAGGAGAAGCUGCUUGUUGCUAGAGCUGACCCUGAAAACUUGGGAGCUAAUUGUUUUAUUGACAGAUGUUUUGGUACUUACCUGUGGAUCUGUAAAUAAAAACUGUUCUUUACUGUGUUCAAGAAAUGUUGUGAAGUUCAAUUUACUUGGAUUACAACCGGGUGUCAGGAACAGGGAGGGAGUUCCUUCCAUUUUCACAUUGUUAGUUGCCCAGAUACUCCAGUGUUCUUAUAAAGCAAAAAUUGUUGUAUCUUAAGAAAUAAACACUUUUAAAACAA